AGAAGAUCGUCUGCUCAGGAGUCUACAGUGUUAUUGGAGCUGCUCUGCUGAAGAAAAGAAAUCUUCAGAAUCUCCAUAAAGAAAAGCCACCAAAAGGAGUACAUCACACUGUGGAAAUUUGGAGAGAAAAUGGUAUUCAGAACCUCCAGUACUCCGGAAACGUCCUCUGCCACUCUUCAAACUGACACAUCUAGCAGACAAACACAAAAAGGCAAAGAGGAAACUCACCACUGCUUAGAGUGUGGGACGACAUUCAAUAGACUGAGUAAUCUCCAAAGACACCAGCGCAUUCACACAGGAGAGAAGCCGUAUCAGUGCUCAGUGUGCGGUCAGAGUUUUAUUGUACAGAGUAAUCUCCGAAUGCACCAGCGCACCCACACGGGAGAGAAACCCUAUCAGUGCACGGAUUGUGGAAGGAGCUUUGCAAGACGGAGUCAUCUCAAGGAACAUAAGGCCAUUCACACGGGAGAGAAACCGUAUAGCUGUUCAGAGUGUGGGAAGAGUUUUAGAAAGAGUCGUGCUCUCAGAAAACACCAGCUCGUUCACUCAGGAGUAAAACCGUAUCACUGCUCAGAGUGUGGACACAGCUUUAUUGCACUUAGCAAUUUCCAGACACACCAGCUCAUUCACACCGGAGAGACACCGUAUCAGUGCUCAGAUUGUGGGAAGAGUUUUACUAGACUGGAUACUCUCCAACGACACCAGCGCAUUCACACAGGAGAGAAACCCUAUCCGUGCGCGGACUGUGGGAAAAGUUUUAGAGAGAGUGGUACGCUCCGAAAACACCAGCGCACUCACACAGGAGAGAAACCACAUCACUGCUCGGAGUGUGGGAAGAGUUUUACUUCACGGAGUAUUCUCCAGAUUCACCAGCGCGCUCAUACAGGAGAGAAGCCGUAUUACUGCUCGGCAUGUGGGAAGAGUUUUACUGUACAGAGUAGUUUACGAGCACAUCAGCGCAUUCACACAGGAGAGAAACCGUAUCACUGUUCAGAGUGUGGGAAGAGUUUUAAUCAUCAGGGUACUUUCCAUGAACACAAGCAGAUUCAUACAGGAGAAAAACCUUAUCAGUGCUCAGAGUGUGGAAAGAACUUUAGAAACAGAAGUACCUUCAAUAAACACCAGCGCGUUCACACAGGAGAAAAACCUCAUCACUGCUCUGAAUGUGGGAAGAGUUUUGCUUCACGGAGUCAUCUCCAAAUUCACCAGCGCAUUCACACAGGAGAGAAACCGUACCAGUGCUCAGAGUGUGGGAAGCGUUUUAGAGACAGCGGCGAUCUCACAAAGCACCAGCGCAUUCACACAGGAGUUAAACCGUACCACUGCUCAGAGUGUGGGAAGGGUUUUACUAGAACAAACUAUCUCAAAAAACAUCAGCUCACUCACACAGGAGUGAAGCAAAAUCUGCAGAAACACAGGAAAGAGGAGGAUGUCACUAUGUUGAAAUCAGGAGAGAUUAAAUGUGAGGAUGUGGUGUCCGGAAGCUCCAGCUCUCAGAAAACAUCCUCUGCAACUCUCCACACAAACACAUCUUGCACACGAACGAAAAACGGACGUAAACUGCGCCAGCACGCUCAUACAGGAGAAAAACCGUUCCACUGCUCCGAGUGUGGGAAGCGUUUUAAGCAUCAGACUAAUCUUCAAAUACACCAGCGCACUCACACAGGAGAGAAACUGCACCAUUGCUUGGAGUGUGGCAAGCGGUAUAGUAGACAAUGCGAUCUCCAAAUGCACCAGCGCAUUCACACAGGAGAGAAACUGUACCAGUGCUCCGAUUGUGGGAAGAGCUUUUCUCGACAGAAUCAUUUCAAAGAACACCAGCGCAUCCACACAGGAGAGAAACCGUAUUGCUGCCUGGAGUGCGGGAAGAGUUUUAGCACAACAAGUCACAUCAAAGCACACCAGCGCGUUCACACAGGAGAGAAACCGUAUCACUGCGCAGACUGUGGACUGAGUUUUGCUCGACAGAAUCAUUUCAAAGAACACCGGCGCAUCCACACAGGAGAGAAACCGUAUUGCUGCUCGGAGUGCGGGCGCAGUUUUGCAAGGCUGAGUUACCUGCAAGCGUAUCAGCGUGUUCACGGAGGAGAGAAGCUGUGUCACUGCUCGGAAUGCGGGAAGGAUUUUACCACGCAGAAAAUCCUCAAGAAACACAAACGCAUUCACGCAGGACAGAAGCCGUAUCACUGCUCGGUGUGCGGGAAGAGUUUCAAUGAAAACAGUUCCCUGCAAAUACACCAACGUGUUCACACAGGAGAGAAGCCGUAUCACUGCGCCGAGUGUGGGAAGAGGUUUACUGAUCAGAGCACCUUCCACAGACACCAGCGCGUCCACACCGGAGAGAAGCCGUAUCAGUGCUCAGAGUGUGGGAAGGGUUUCACUAGACUGGUUUACCUCCAGACACACCAGCGCAUUCACACGGGGGAGAAGCCGUAUCAGUGCUCAGACUGUGGGAAGAGAUAUACUGAUCGGAGUUAUCUCCAAGCACACCAGCGCAUUCACACGGGGGAGAAACGGUUUCAGUGCUCAGACUGUGGGAAGAGCUUUACUAAACGGAAGAAUAUAACCACACACCAGCUCAUCCACACGGGAGAGAAACCGUACCAGUGCUCCGUGUGUGGGAAGAGCUUCACUAGACAGAGUACUCUCCUAACUCACCAGCGCAUCCACACGGGAGAGAAGCCGUAUCACUGCUCGGAGUGCGGGAAGAGUUUUAAUCGACUGAAUAAUCUCCAGAUACACCAGCGCAUCCACACGGGACAGAAAUCUUAUCACUGCUCCGAGUGCGGGAAGAGCUUCACCCAGCAGAGCAAUCUCCAACAACACCAACACAUCCACACCGGAGAGAAGCCGUAUCACUGCUUGGGUUGUGGGAAGAGUUUUAAGGCGCUGAGCACUCUCCAGUCCCACCAGCGCAUUCACACGGGAGAGCGACCGUUUCCGUGCUCCGAGUGCGGGAAGAGCUUCACUAAGCAGAGUCAUCUCCACACACACCAGCGCAUUCACACUGGACUGAAGGCGUAUUACUGUUCGUUGUGCGGGAAGAGCUUUAAUCAGCACAGUUCGCUCCAGCAGCACCUGCGCGUUCACACGGGAGAGAAGCCGUAUACCUGUUCAGAUUGCGGGAAGAGUUUUACUAUACAGAGUAAUCUCAGAAUACACCAGCGCAUCCACACCGGAGAGAAGCCACAUCUGUGCUCAGAGUGCGGACAGACUUUCACCAGGCUGAGCAACCUCCAGAGACACCAGCGCACUCACACGGGGGAGAAGCCGUAUCACUGCGCUGACUGCGGGAGGUAUUUCAGAGAGAGUGGCACCUUCAGAAAUCACCAGCGCACUCACACAGGCGAAAAACCGUAUCAGUGCUCGGACUGCGGGAGGAGUUUCACUGUGCAUAGUAAUCUCCAGAUACACAAGCGCAUUCACACAGGAGAGAAACCCUAUCACUGCUCUUUGUGUGGGAAGAGCUUCAGGCAUUCCAUUUUAAAGACCCACAGGUGCAUUAGGGAGGAUUUUGUGGUGUCUGCUGGGUCGAGGAAAUAAAAAAUAAAAAAAUCUUUUUCAGAUAUUCAUUUAUUUACAAGAUUUAAAUGGAUUAGUAGAGACCGUAGACUCUCCCCAGUCUUUAUAUUUAUUAUUAGUGUUAAAGUUUUUGAAAGCAACACAAACACGGCAAGUAUUAUGCGUAGUCUUUUAAACUAAAGGAAAUUCACAAAAUUAGACUUAAAAUGAAUUUUCACAGCGUUGGAUUGCCUUGGGAUAUUCUGAUGGAUCAAGCGUCAAAGUUGCAUCUUCAUCGAAAACACUGUAGGACAAGAGAAUAUAAAUGCAUAAGGAAUCUUGGAUUCUUGUUGGAUGGUGUUACUGUGAUUUUCAGACACAGUGUUGUGCAUAUUUUUACUGCACCACUGCCUGUGCUUUUAAGCUCUGCCUUCCUGAGCUGUUGGAUGGGUUUAGAAAUUUUAAAUUCCGUUUAUUCCCACCCAGCACCUUCCCACUUGUGUCCUGCUCAGCCUGGCUUUCAUUAUGGCUGUCGCCAGACAAGGAAUAAGUCCAAAUGUUAUUUAUUUUUUAGAUUUAUGCAAAUCUAAAAGUUAAUAGAAUAAUUAAAUGUUAAAAAAAACAAGAAGUUUAGCUUCUUUCUAAGCUUACGUUCUCGUAAUAAAAAAAACAAAAAAACAAUGAAAUUGUUUCCACCAGAGGGCAGUGUAGAGCCUGCGGCUUACUUUUUGGCCAGAGCUUCUGGGACGUGUUCAGUCUCGAAACAUUGUGCAACAUUUUGCUAAAGGUUUCAGGUUGAACGACGUGUUUUGUGGGCUUUGAGGUACGUUUUUACACUCAUUUGAUGAGUGUCAGAGAUGCCGCUCAGUCAGCAGCGAUGUUUAUAUAAACCCCAUUGCAUUAAAACGGCCUCAUGCCUAAUGGAUUGUAAUGAAGUCCUCUACAAAUGCGGCCGCUGCAGCUUUGCGUGCGCAACAGUUGAAGAUGUUUGUCAUAAACCUACUUCAUCAGGCUCCAAAAACGUGUGGUGGUUGGUUAGUGUAGUGGGUAACACCUCCUCCUUCUACACUGUAGACUGGGGUUCAAUCCCCACCUGGGCAAGCGCCCUACACUACACCAAUAAGAAUCCUUGGGCAAGACUCCCAACACCGCCUUAGCCUAAAAUGAUCAAAUUGUAAGUCACUCUGGAUAAGAGCGUCAGCCGAAUGCCGUAAAUGUAAAAAUAUACCACUGUCUCCCUUUAAGUAUGCAUGCUGGGGCUAAAUGCAGCCCGUUUAGUCCAGUGGUCUCCAGCCUUCUUCCUGGAGAGCUACCACCCUGCACAGUCUAGUAUCAAACACAACUGGAUCAUAUGCUCCAAAGUUAGGCAAGUGGAAGAGUAAUGUGUUGGCUGGAUCUAAACUCUGCAGCACUGGAGCUCUCCAGGAAAAGGGUGGGUGUAGUGUAGAGCGCAGCCUAAUAAGUUGAAGCAAGACAAAGUGAGAAGAGGCUUUUGUCUGCAAACACCAGUAUCUUCAUGAGUGGUUCUUGGUGCCACUUUACCCAGUUAGGACACACUGGGAAAAACCUUUUCAGGAUAUUCCCCACAUUUAGCACAAGUGUAAACGGGGUGCAUUAAUGUUUAUGGAGGGUACGCAAGGCUGGAAUUCCCCAAACCAAAUGUCUUCCUGCAGUCAGGCCCAAUGAAAGUGCUGAUGUGCAUCCCAUCUGUAUAAAGCUUAUAAACCUGUACGUAUGAGUUCUUACAAUAAACUCAUUGGGGUUUGGUGAUCAGAGCAGCUAACCUCAAAGAAAAGAUACGUUGCCCUGAUGUGUGAAUUCCACUUGCUGAGAUCUUGUUUUGUUUGCUAUGUGGUGACUGUACCACUGCAGUACAGUACCAAAAGGUAACUGUACCAAUCCAGUACAGUAUCAGAUGUUUUUCAGCUCUCAUCACCUAGAUGCUGUAAAUCUAAGCCUGCUCAGUGUUGUCUGUUAUGUCACAGCCUCAUUACAAUCUUGACUGCAAGAAUAUUACUAUUAUUAUUAUUAUUAUUAUAAUAUGAUUGAUUGUAUUAUAAUUUACACGUCUCAAGUAUAUGUGUUGAGCAGUUGUUUGUUUAUCCACUCUUAUUCAAUUUAAUCCAUUGGAGUUAGUCAAUUUGAUCAACUUCUUUAUUACUCUUGUAACAGUAAUUGUUCCAGUUUAGUCAAAUUUCCUUCUGAAGUUGCUGGACCUUAGCUCAGCCAGGCCCAUUCGAUAGAGUUGAUUUGCUACUCUAAUAUUCUUUCUGUUGAUCAUUAAAUUAUUUCAUUUGCAUUAUUUCCUCACAUUUCAUUGUACGGCGACACACGGGGGUGUUUUUUGGAAGGUUGUCAUUUUCUGUACGCUUCCUUGAAUAAUGACGUUUAUAGCUCUGUAUAUCGCGGCCACUUUUUCCUGUGCGAACCUUGUUUGUUAAUAAACCUCUUGUGCAUGUUCUA